CGGACCCAUAAGCGAUCGCCUUGCUCACCACGACCCCCUUUUGCCGCUCGUUGGACAUGCUGGACGAAUAUCCAGGAGCCCACCUAUCCGGAUAACAUCCACGUUUAACCGGACACCCCCAGUCUUGAAUUCGAAUUGUCACCAAGAUGGCCCGUGGCGCGAAGAGGAAGGCUGCAGCAUCGAGCACAGACGGAGGAAGCCAUCGAGCACGUGUACAGGAAGUGCUGCGUUGAAUGACGAGACAGAUCAAUCGAACGGUGAAAGUCAGCAUUCUGCAUUGCAAACCCCUGUUACCCCAACGCCAGGAAAAGACAAACCCCAGACAGUGAUGGAGUUUCUGGAAGCGCAACGAGAUCAAGCCGUACAAACCAUCCGCACACGAGGAGAAGAACUCAUCACCGCAUUCAGAGAAGAAGCAGCACAAGCCAAGAAAAAAAUUCUUGCGAGUUUGUCAGAAGGUUCUGAACUUCGCUCAUCACCGACUGACGACAUAACUCUGACACAAGAACCAUCUCUCGUCGCUGACGUCAAGCGUGAAGUGAAGCAAUCGGUUGAUGUUCUUGGGACGACAGUCCACGAGCGACGCUCCUAUGGUGAAAUGAAAACCAUUCAUAUUGUCUGCACUGGCGGUGUCUACUCGGGUCAACGGUUCACACUAGUCCUCGCCAUGGACGCUAAUCGCACCUGUCAUAUCGGUAGAUCUUCGGGCAAGAAGUACAAGGCCCCGCAUGGCCUGAGCUUGCCGAAGGAUCCAGAAAUAUCGACGUCCCACGCCGAACUGCGGUGGAAUGCUGACGACGACCACAUUUACAUUACCGAUCAAAACAGUACGAAUGGGACGAAACUCAACGGCCGCAACCUCAAGUCCCGCGUGGCCGUGCGACUCGACUUUUCCAAGCCGAUCCGCCUCGGCUUUGGCGGCUGCGACUUCACGUUCACUAUGUAAUGUGCACGGGCGUUCGUUUUGUUCCAUGUUGUACAAUUAUCCACCGCCCAACUGUGCCUACUACUGCGACUAAUCCGAGUCCGAGUCGUUCAACAGCGAAAACGCAUUCACCACCUUGGUCGAGGCCGCCACUGGCUUGAACAUCGCCGCCUACGGUCGCCACAACGUUAGCAUGCCACGGCCCUUGUCCUCAAGUACCUUGGUAAUGUCUUUCUCGGCCUUG